CGCGGUGCUUGAAAACAAUGUUGCACGUAACAGUUACAUGUUGAUUUUAGGCGUUAUCGACAAAAGGUACAUGAUGAUGUCGUGCACUGUAGCUAAGGGUCGCCUUGAAGUUUUGCAGAUCUAUCGGCUGAUUCAGUGUGUCCGGGCGGGAGAUAAGCCGUACGUAGAGAAGUUAAUCAGCAUGGGUGUUAAUGACCUCAUCAAUAUCACUGAACCGCGCGAGGGUAACGGUGUCCUGCAUCUGGCGUCGAUGGCCAACGACUCGGACAUGCUGGAAUUCCUCAUAGCUCAAGGAGCCCGUCCAGACGUGCAGGACAGGAGAGGGCGGACGCCGCUGAUGAUGGCCGCAGAGCUCGGACACGACAUUAUCGUGUCUCUCUUGGCCAAGAAGAACGCAGACAUGAAACUUUUUGACAAAGAAAGGAAAGGGGUGCUCUUCUACUGCAUACAGCCCACCAAAAGGCACAAGCGCUGCCUCCAGGUGGCCCUAAACGGCAAUGCAGAUGUGAACAAUAUUUCAGCUAAUGGGAUGCCAGUGUUCCUGCUGGCCUGCGAGCAAGCUCAGGAUUGUGAAGGCAUGUGCCUCAGCAUCCUAGAGAAAGGAGCAGACCCCAGUGCUACAAAUCAGGUGACAGGUCGAACAGCUCUGAUGGAGGCAACAAAAGCAGGAGCACUAAAUCUCGUGAGAGCCAUCCUCAGGAAAGGAGGAAAUGUCAACGCUCUGGAUAAGAAGCUAUUCCAUGCAGCUCACUUUGCAGCUGAAGGAGGCUUCUUUGAGAUCAUUAAGGUGCUGUCUGCAUAUGCUGCUGAUUUUGGUGUGGUAACUUCAGAGGGGGAUACACCUCUGCACUUUGCUGCCUAUGGUGGCUACACCGAUUGCUGUAGCUUUCUAGCUCAAAGAGGAUGCAAUCCCAAAUUGAAAAACCAAGAAGGCCUGCUUCCUCGUCAGAUUGCUAAGGACUGUGGCCACAAAACUACAGUGAAAGAGCUAAAGAAGGCCGAACGGCUGCAUGGAAAGUUCUCUAAAGGGAUGGGUGGCACAAGUGAACCAUGGGCUCUGACGCUCCACGACUGGUCUCAUGAAAAUGAGACUGCACUGAGAAGCGCUUUUGAGUCGGCAUCAGACAGCUUCAUGGACAUAGAGACAGUAUCCAGGGAGACAUUUGUGUCAGUUCUUCAGGAACUUCAAGCUCCUAUAGAUGAGGACCAAAUUCAGGCUCUUCUACUUGCCCUCGACAGGAGAAGAGAGGGCAUCAAUAUUACUGAUUUCCUAAGAGGUCUCAAAUACCUUCCUAAGACACAUGUUAUGGCUUCAUAUGAGCCUAAGAAGAAGAAGGAAAGCAAGGGAGGAAAGACCAAAAAGAAUAAGUUCAAUCUACUGAUGCCCAUCUGCAAAGUCCCGCCUGAUCUCAAUCAACGGCGGGAUGAUGGUGGGCCCCCACAUUUUAUGAUUGAGAGCUACCAGCAUGCUACAGACAUGCACAGAUUUGACCAGGAUCAUCGACCGGUACAUCCUAUCGAAGAUGACACAGUGUGGUACAUUGAUGAUCCUGAAAAGAUAUACAUAAAUAUAAACUACUGUGUGAAAACGGGAGAUAUUGAGUCUCUUAAGCUGGCACUCAAACAAAAGGUCCCUGUAGAUGUUAAAGACUGCUUUUACAAGACACCACUCAUGGCUGCAUGUUCAAGUGGGAACUACGAAAUGGUAAAGUUCCUUCUUGAUAAUGGGGCUGACGUGAAUACAUGUGACCAGUUCAGCUGGACUCCUCUGCACCAUGCCUGCCAUGCCGGACAGUUGGACAUCAUACAGUUGUUACUGGAGGCAGGAGCUUCAGUGGAUCCGCCCACUCUGAGUGGGGCUACUCCCCUAAUGAGAGCCAUUGAGAGCUGUAGGCCAUCCUGUGUUGAAUACCUCAUCAGAGCUGGGGCAAAGGUCAAUGCAGUAAAUAAAACAGAGCAAAAUUGCUUGGAUGUUGCCCAUGCUUAUGCAGACUUCAGGGUGGUGGAUUUGAUCAAGGCUAAGAUUGAUGCUCAACCCAAACAUAAGGACAACAAGAAGGCACAGCCUGUCAAAGUCCAACGCAAACCAACACCAGCUUCCACCGCUGGCUCUACAAAAGAGAAGCAGGGCACCGUUCUCACACCGCUAGCCUCCUCAAACUCAGCAGUCAAGAAAGCGAUGAAGAAAGACAGCGUUGUCGUGCACAGCACUCAGAUCACCAGCGGCAAGCUCAACAAAUUGGACAUCAGUUUUGUGCCAAGAACGACGUGGCAGAAUCAUCUGACAACCAGCCAACUAAUCGAAAGGAAGGCGAGCAGGAGGCAGCGCUUUACCUAUGAGGUGGACUUUGAUGACUUCAGGAUGCCAUUCAAUAAAAACAUUCAGAAGAAGUCUGUGGAACUUGAACUCACUGAAUGAAAGGCCAAGAACUUGUUGUCAACAAAAGAGAAGAUGGUAAAUAUCUAAGAUCUAAACUGCACUGGUGUAAAAAUAUAAUUAUUGGUGUUUGCUAAGGCAUGGAUCAUUAUUAUUAUUGCUCAUAUUUUGGGUUAUGGAUUUGAACAGACCUCCAGCCCUAAUUUUUAUGCUUUGCUGCAUAGCCACGGAUAUGAAUGAUACCUCAAUUCGCAGAACUUACAACAAUGCUGUUUUGCUGUUACUUUUGUAAGCAGACAAGUAAUUUUUGCAACUUGGUCUCAAAGAAUCAUGUUACUAUACCUACAUGUUUGCAAAAUAAUUUUUACAUAUAGUAUCUUGUUGUACGUAUUGCAGAACUUUUCACACAAGUGAAAAGUUCAUACCAUCACCUUUAGCCAUGUUCCUCACAAAAUGUUAUACUAUAUGUUAUUAUGUUAUAAUGUUAUUACUAUAGUGCAUGACUUGUAAGACGAUAUAUUUUAUCAUUUGCAUUACAUAAUGAACUAAAUUUACAAGCUUGUUAGAUUGUGAUCGAAAUGCUCUGUAGCCUUCUCUUGCGAUGCAAAGGAGUGUCUUAGAAGGACCACAAAAUGAUGAUGUUUUUAAUGUCACUUUUAUGACACUAUCGUUUAGGUUUAGGGUAGUGAGAAAGGUUUUCUUGAUUUAAAACUCACUAGAGCAUUAAACGUCUAAACCUCAUCUGUUUGGGAGACCUUUUAACUCGCUUUUAGUGCCACUCAGUGGACAUUUCACUUCAGAACUGCCACAAGACCUGUAAGGGACUUUGCCAAAGUCACAUAAUAUUUUUAAUGAGGUCAUGCUGGAUUUUUGCCUGGCAGAUGAUAAUAUGGGUGAGAAAAAUCCCAUAGACUUACACUGAAUAGAUCUCGCAACUGCAUAGCAAUGCACUAACAACCAAUCAAAACACCUUAGCAACCUCAUAGUAAUGCCCUGGCAACCACACAUAACACCCUAGCAUCAUAGCAGCGAGUUUUGCACAGGCAAGCAACACUCAUAUUUUCUCUUUAGAAAAUGUAAAAAUCUAGUUUUAGUAACACACUAAUAUAAACAGUGGGUUUUGAGCUGUAGUUACUUAGGGAUUAAAGACGCCAUGUCUUACUGCUGUUUCCCUGUCACACAUUAAGUAAGAUUGAUUAUGCAUUUAUGAGAGGUAGGAGAUGAGAGCUGCUGCCUACGUGCUGGCAUGCUGUUUGUCUCUCUAUUUCUCAGCGUCUGUCGUGUGUGUUGGGUACAGGCCUUUCACCACAAGCAGCGCUGCACAAAACCCCUCAUGUUGUUUUCUCAGAAAGCCGAGCCACUUUAUCCACAUGCACCCUUUAGCAUGAAUCUAAAACAUUAACUGCAGAAUAAAUGUGUCUAAUAUAGCCAUAUUGGAAAUGUGUGUAUUCAUUGAGACUAUGACUUCCUUGUUAAAAAGAUUAGCAUAUGUUGUGUUUUGAAAGUUGUGUUAACUGGCUGGUUAACCUGUAUUUUUCGCUGCUGAACAACAUAGAUAUGCUGCCAGCUAAACCAACACCAAACAAGCAUAAACCAGUUGGACUAGCAUGGAAAUGCAUGUGGGUCUUAGCUGGUCUUUUCAGCAGGGUUAAAGAGAGACUUCCAUUUCUAGUGCUGCAAAAAAAAAACAAAAAAAAAAAAAAAAA